GUUGCCUAGUGCCUCAGCAUGCAAGUUUAGAUCUGCGCCUGUCGGAUCAGGCUGUUGCAAAUGUAUCUGCGGGUAAUAUUAAUAACAGGCGCCGAUGCGUGAAAGCGGGUAACGUUAACUAGCUAAUGCUAUCCAACUUACUCACAGUAAUUCGCUAGCAUCUGUUUCGUAGAUUGUUUUGUACAUUUGCACGAAAGAGAGACGGGCUGAAAUAUUACUGACUUUUUGCUUAGCUGUGAGCGACUUAGCCUGCAGACUAAAGCCAGCUUCAGCCUCGCGCUAGCUGGCCAUCAGCAAGAUAACUAACAUUAGGUAACGUUAUCAGGAAAGCUGUAUCUAGCUAAAGUAAUUAUAGUAGCUAUAAUGGGCUGGUAGGUUCAGUGAUUUUGAAUGCACUCCGGGAAGCUUUUGAUAGCUGACUGAAAUAAGGACUAAGUUAUGUCUCUUACCCACCCACAAACUUAGACCCAGCACGGGCCAGCUUGAUCCUAGUGAUCCUUCAUAAUGUUUCGGGUCUAGGUAGUUAGCCUAGCCUAUGAUCUAACCAAGGUGAACAUGUGCCACUGGACUCUAUUUGAAAAUAGCUAUUUCGCACAAUAGGAAUAGGUCUAUGAAAGCUCUUAAGCAUGUUAAUAGUUAGUACUAGCUUAAAUAUGACUUGCUAGUUAGCUACUUGCAAAAAUGUUGCCCAAGUAGUGCCCAUGCAGUAGAUAAGUCAGUUAAAUCCUGGCCAAACGCAUUCAAGAUGUAGACUUAAAUUCUAGCUGAAGUAGCUAUACCUAACCAGCUUAGCACAGACCAUAGCACCAUUCUCGAACGACGUUGCAGGUCACUGGUUCGCUAGCAACCUAGCAGUAAGCCUUGCUUUCCAUGGGAUAAAUAAUUGGGUAGCUAGCUAACGUUAGCUAUACCUGAAGUAGCUGAUGUUGACUGAAAAUAUUGGAUUCUGUCCUCCUAGCUAGGCAGCUAGCUUUACCAGUCCCAAUUUUGCAACGUCCAAAUACCUUUAAUCUCUUUCACUUGCGGUUAACGGGCUUGGUUCUUUGUCGGACAUUUUGAGGGGAGCAGAAUUUAUCCCAAAAAUGUUUGCCCCUCAAGUUUAAUGUCGUUAGGCUACGUCGCACUUUUUACGGUACUGCGAACAAAGUAUCAUUAUCAAAAUAGGUAGGACUUCACGACUAACACUUUGUAUAUGAUUAUAUGGGAGAAUGGAAAGUUUUCCUUUUUUGGAUAUUGGUUCGGGGAGGAUCGACACUGGUCCGAUCGCAGGCAUGUCAGCGUUCAGAGAAGCAACAAGUUCUUAAAAUAAUUUCCAUUAUAAUGUUGGCGGUCUGACAAUACUGACAAAUCUCCGCAUUGCUUGGGGAUUCUAAGAGUUACAUUAGCGAAAGACGCGUAUUUUCUGACAGCGUUUAACACUGGAUGUACGCGGAAUCAAUUAAACAAAAUAACUUCAAGAUUUUCCUAACUUCAGUAACACCCAAAAAAAAAGGAACAUUGUUUUGUCUGUGCCACGCAACAUGAAUUGUAUCGCCCAAGAGAACUUUUGAAACAACAGAUUUCAAUGCAAUUCGAAGUCUUCUCCAGACAUCAGGAAACGAGAAGAGGGACAUGCAUCACCAAGAGGAGGAGCUGGAGCUGGAGCUGGAGGAGAUGGGCCAGCGUCUGCGGGAGGACGGGCUCCCCCCCGCGGCCUCGCCGGACGAGCGCCAGCGCCACCUGUGGCGCCUGCUGCGCCGCUGCGAGGGCAGCCUGGCGUCGGCCACGCAGGACCUCCAGACGCUGCGCACGCAGCAGGCCGCCGAGAUGAAAGAGGUGGAGAACUACGUGGAGCACAUCCGCAACCUGCUGGAGGACCGCGAGUCGCUGACGGCGGAGUACGAGCGGGAGAACGAGCAGCUGCGGGCCGAGCUGCAGCAGAUGAAGCUCCAGCAAGACGCCCAGCUGAAGGAAGUGGUGGAGAUGUUGGACCAGGAGGGCCUGGCGGACAUCAGCCAGAGCAGCCCCAGUGAGCAGGUGGCCUACCUGCUGGUGGAGAGGGCCACGCUGCUGGAGAGACUGGAGGCCGCAGAGAGGAAGGUGGACACCCAGAGCCUGACAGGCAGCCUGAGAGAGGUACACCUGCAGGAGGAGCUGGAUCACAUCCGCCGUACGAUGGAGGAGGAGCUGCGGCAGCAGAGGGAGACCAUGCAGCGCACCAAGGAGAGCAUGAACAAGGACCAGCAGUCCACAGCCCAAAGCCCCUGGAAGAAGCUCUUCAGAGUGUGCAAGGCCGAGCAGGGCGCCAAAACCGCCUCUUCCGUCCACAGCGAGGAGCUGUCAGGGGAGCGUCUGGAGAGGCAGCGCAUGGAGAGGGACCUGGACGAGGCGUCCCGGCGGCUCACCAUGGCCCACGAGGAGAUCCGCCGUCUGACCGACGAGCUGGACUCCGCCCGGAAGACGCAGAGUGUCUGUGAACCAGAGCUGGAGAGAGCUGGCCAGGAAGUGGAGCAGCUCAGACAGGAAGUAGACAGGCUGAAGGAGUGUGAUGCCACUGAGCUGCAGCGGGCCAGGGAGCUCAACGCGAGGCUGGACCAGGAAAUCCGGGCCCUGAGGGACAGAGUUCGAACCCUGGACGCUGAGAGGAAGACUCUGUUGCUAGCGGUAGAGAAUAUGAAGACUGAUUCAAAUAAGGAGCAGGGAAGUUCUCACCUGGAACAGGUUGCGGGUAAAGAUGGCCUACCUCUGACCACCUCGGCAGCUGGGGACCAAGACCGGAUUCAUAAGAGGUGCCGGCUGGAGUCGCAGGACAAGGAGUGCCGUCUGCGGGAGCUGCAGAGGAGGCUGCAGAGGCAGCAGGAGGAGCAGGAGGAGCUGGUGGAGAGAAACGAGGAGCUGGAGUCCCUGCUGGGCGAGGCCCAGAACGCCAGCAAGGCGGAGCGCGAGCGCCACGACUGCGAGGUGGAGGGGCUGCAGAGGAAGAUAAAGCACCUGGAGGCAGAGGUGACCAAGCUGAGCUCCCAGGAGCCUGUGUGGAAGGGUGGAGACCUAAGUAAAGAUUCCGAGGUCUACCUCCAGCAGCUUAGGACCAGCAGCCAGGAGAGGGUGGCGCUCCUGGAGGGCCGUCUGACCGAGGAGAAGGAGUGGAGGAAGCAGCUGGAGGUGGAUCUGACCGCAGCCCAGACCGCUCUGAAGAAGGAGAAAGAGGAGCUGCACCGGGAGCAGAAGGAACGGAAGAAACUGCGGGCGGAGCUUCAGACCUUACAGCUGGAUUCCCAGCAGGGGAAGGCCUCGAGCACCAGCCUCACACAACUGAAGGGUGAAAAGGACAUCUUGCAAGAAAAGGUGUCCCAGCUGGAACGGGCUCAGAACCGGCUCCAGAGCGAGCUGGACCUCCGGACCUCGGCGUACCGGCGGGCCCAGGAGGAGCUGAGGGAGAGCCGGAGCCAGGUGUCGGAGCUCAGCGCCCAGGUGGGACGGCUCCGGUCAGAGGCGUCCGGUCUGGAGAGGGAGCGCAGCACGCUCAGGGCGGAGCUGCAGGAGGAGCAGGGCCGCGCUGCGGAGCUGCAGAGGCGGGUGGGUGAGGAGGCGCAGGAGAAGCGGAGGCUGCAGGGGGAGAGGGAGCAGCUGAACCGGGAGCUGCAGCGGGCCAGGGAGCAGCAGCAGGCCUCCACGCCGGAGGGACGCGGGCCUCCCCGUGACCCCGACCCCCAGCUCAGCCCCCCUCUCCAGCACAGCCCCCGGGACGGCGGGCUCAGCCAGCUGGCGUCUCUGAAGAUGGAGAUGACUCAGCUGCAUUCCACCUUGGAGGAAGAGCGGCAGCUGGCCAGUCAGCACCAGCUGGCCCUGCAGGCCCAGAUCAGUGAGGCGCAGGCCCGAAUAAAGUCCCAGGAUGCACUGCAGCAGCAGAAGGGGGAGGAGUGCAAGCAGCUCCGGCAGGACCUGCAGCGGACGCAGAGCCUGUUCAGCUCAGCCGAGCGCGAGCUGCGCUACGAGAGGGAGAGGAGCCUGGAUCUGAAGAGACACAACGCCCUCCUGGAGCAGGAGAAGAUGAAGGUGUGCGCCGAGUUGAAGCAGGCCCAGGCCAAGGUCAGCCAGCUGGAGCAGACGGGGGCGGGGCAGAGGGCGGAGCUGGAGCGGCUGCAGCAGAGGGGGCGGGAGCUGGAGCUGGAGCUGGGGCGGAGCAGCCAGAGCCGCCACGCCUCCAGCGGCCUGCAGGAGGAGCUGAGCGCCGAGCGGGCCCGCCUCAUCGCCGCCGACAAGAAGGUGCUGGAGCUGCAGCUGCAGCUGAAGAACACUCUCCACCAGCUGCGCCUGGAGGAGGCGCGGGCCAGCGAGACCACCAAGCUGGAGAGGGACACGAGGGAGCUGUCUGACAGCCUGUCCGUCCUGAGAGCCCAGCUGCAGGACGAGCAGCUCCAGAGGAAGCUGCUGGAGCAGAGAGAGGCGGAGCUGCAGCAGCAGGUGCGCUCGCUGCGCUCCAAAGAGGCGGCGCUGAACCGCGCCAACGGCGAGCUCGGCCACCGCCUGCAGGAGCUGGAGACGCGGCUGGAGGUGCGGGAGAGCGAGCGGAGCAGAGCCGCGGAGGAGCAGCAGCUCAGCUCGCAGGCCUGCAAGGACAUGCAGGGGCAGCUGGCAUCCAGUCAGCAGGAGUCCGAGAGGCUGCAGGAGGAGCUGCAGCAGGUCAUUCAACAGCUGGACACACAAAUCAGGAAGUACAACGAGAAGCAGGCGCACCACAGGAUGAAGCUGCGCAAGGCCAAACAGAUCUUCCUGAAGGAGACUGCGCAAAGGGACGGAAGAAUCCAGAAGCUGGAGAACGACCUGGCCCUCGCGACCAGCCUGUCCGAGAAGGAGCGGGACUGGAUUAAGAGGGUGAUGGAGGAGAACGAGAAGCUGCUCCUUGAACAGCGUGACCUGCUGAGGAGGCUGAACGAGGCCGAGGAGAUGGGGAGCAGCAGCCAGAGCACAGCAUCCACCGUCCAGCACAGGGUGAAGUUUCUGGAGGAGGAGAACAGGUACCUGGAGGAGAAGACGCUGCAGCUGUCCAGUCAGGUGGGAGCUCUGGAGCGUGCUCUGAGGAAGGUCCAGUCCGUCUGCAACAUGGAGGAUCUGAAGAAAGUAUUUCCUUCUGAGUGUCUUCUCAAUGAUAGCCUUCUACAAACUUCCAAUUCAAGUAUGAUGUCAGGGGUGUGCGACACGCUGGGCCUUCUGGAUGCCAUCCGCAGGGUAAAAGUGGGAGGCUCCACAGAAGGCACGAAGACGUCCUCCCCUCUGCCACCGCCCCAGCCUUCCGAAAUUGGCUACCUGAACGUUACCUCCCCCAUGGCCUCCACCUGUCCUCACCACGACCCAGAAGAGAACCUCGGUUUGGGCAUCGAUGAGGUUUAAGGGGUCCUACUGUGUCCUAAUUGUCUUUCGCAUCAAGGGGCUAUUUUCUCGGAGUAAAUAUUAAUUUACUGCUGCUGUUGCCACGCGACCCCCUGAGAUUGGCCAAUCUUCUUUUAUUUAUCCUUUUGCUUGCCAGUUUCUACCCUACAGGGGUAUCCUCUUGGACUAACCUGGGGACUCACCACAAAGUUGCAUGACACACUACUUAAAAAUGAACUUAACCGCUUUGGAAAUAUUGCAAGACAAUCCUGUGUUUGAGGAACUUAGUUGGGAACCAAGUUUGUGGGCCAGAGAAGAAGACUGUUCCCACACGGAAACCACUACAGCCGAUCUUAGGCCCAGUUACGGUACAUCACUUUUCCCCCACUGUCCUACAUUGCUCAGGGUCCGUUUCGUUCAGGGGCCGUGCGCCACCUCUGUCUCUUUAAGACGUGCUGAGUGGAUGAAUAGUGCUUUUGUCCAUAGCAUUUUUUUUUUUUUUUUUGUCGCAGCAGUUCUGGUCGCACUGCUAAUCUGCUGGGACCUAACGGCAGUGAGCGUCUGAAGUUGACCCGGUAUGACACUCGUCGUCAGUCUAGACGUGCACUGUUAAUACCCAGAGUGCUAAGGGCCCUGAAUAAUACAGAAGGCUCUGAUUCGUUCAUCGUGAUAAAAGCCAAAGCAAAGAAAAGUAGGAAGUGCAAAUGUUUGUAAUUGGAUAUACUGCUUGCGUCUGUGUUUUCUUAAGAGGAAGAAAACACAGUGUUUCCAAGAACAGGAACUUUUACUCUGGCAGUAAAAAGAAAGGCAUGUCACUUGUACUUACGUACCUCCUGCUACUAGUGUGUAACAGUGACAAUCCCUGUGGUACAAAGCAAGUGUGCAAAACUGUUUGACUGAAGCACUUUAAAAAAAGACCUGUGCUCUAAACGUGUGCUCUUAAUUUUACUUGCUUUACGCCAUAGCUGGCAAGAAACGCUGUCGUACAAUGUUAACCUUUAUUGUGCUUUUGUGCGCAAGUUGUUGCCGUUUUAUUACUGCGGCCUGACUUAAAUUGUAUAAACGUGUAGGGCCUAUAAUGUAUUAUAUGGACAUGUGUAACAAAAAUGGCGUAUACUCAUCCCUUCCUGUAUGUUGCACAUACGGUAUCAGAAAAAAUUUUCUUCAUGUAAAUUAUGAUCUGAACUGAGUGAACGCCUUUCACAGAUGUUGUAUAUAGCAUUAACGGCUUUAAGCAGGCGGGUUUGUAAAACAAAAACUUUAGGCCACAUAUUUUUGUAUCCUGAUCAGCUUUCUAAUCGUGAUCUCUGUAACCCAUUCACACAGCCACAUUAUUUCCGAAAAAUUAAAAAUGAACUUCUCAGCUAGUUUCCUUACAGUUAAAUAUGUCAUUAAGUCAAGACACAAGGACAACUGUCACCCAAACACAUCAGUCACAGUAAGCCAUUUUACUGUCCCGUUUGGUCUGAGAAAGGUGAAAAAUAAUAAUGUUGUUAGCAAUAAUAAUGGAGGUCCACAGUGUAGUUGUACUGUGCACUAAAUGUGGCUGUGGUUUGGAUUUACAGAGCCCUUUUAAGUCUUUUUUUUUUUUGCAGGGACAUUUUCAUUUUAAUGAACAAUAGUAUUUUAUUAACAGUUAAAUUUUUCCAUGAGGAUGCAUUACCAGCUGUGCGGUUGUCAUACCUAAGUCCUUGAAACAGGAUCCAAUUUUACACAUCCUGUUUUUUUACAGUCCAAACUAAAGGGCAGGCCUGGGUGUUUCUGUAACAGUGCACACGAAAGUUGCUGAAGCUCCAAGUGACAAAAUGGUGAAAUCAUGUAGCAUGAAAUUUAAAAAAAAUUUAAUCAUAUUGACUACAAAAGUACAGAACGCAUCUUGGACAGGUACAAGAUAUUUUGAAUCUGCCGGCAUGUUAUCUUUUCUUAGCACUGUUCUUAUUUGAAUUGAUGCUGUAGUGUUGUGCCAGUCUCAGCCAGUACAGAAGGGCUAACGAGAAACACGGGAAGGCCAACCUAGCUGAUUGCAGGAGUUGUAUUUUGUCUUGGUUUUUUUUUUUAAUUAUUCUUUUGGUGUAUUUAAAAAUUUUAGCCAAAAUGGACAAAUCUCAUUAUUCCUUCCUGAUCGGCUCCUGGAAACUGAAUCAGCAAUUUUGUCAGUCACCGUGCUUGGGUGCAGUCCACAAGUGUCGGUGUGUUAUGCAGUAAAUGUGGUGGUGGUUAGCAUUCCAAGGUCUUUUUGCUGGCAAAAAGAUACUUUUAAUGCAGUGGUAGAGGCCCUGGUAAAUAGGAAG